AUGCGACGUGUUCUGACAAGUGUCACUCGCCAAGGCCAAAGGAUCUGUCGAAAUAGUAGCUUGGACAAUGGAACUCUCCAACAUUGCAAUUAUUGGAAUUUCCACCUCCCGGCCAGUGCUGCUGCCAACACAUCAUCACCCUCCAUGAUUACCAGAGGGUUUGCUGGCCACAACAAGUGGUCUAAAAUUCGACACAAGAAGGGCGCCAACGACAAGAAGAAAGCCGCUCUUAUGGGAAAGGCAAGUCUGGCGAUCACUGCAGCUGCCAAGGAUUGCGGUGGUGACAUGGACAACAUGAGAUUGCAGUCCGCCAUUUCCCAUGCCAAAUCAGUCCAAUUGACCAAAGAUCGUAUCGAGGAAGCGAUAUCCAAGGCCGCUUCCAAGGCAGGAGCCGAUCAAGAUUUUGAAAGCCUUCGAUUUGAUGCCAUGAUGAAUUUCGACGGCACCAAAAUUGGGUGCGUCAUCACGGCACUUUCGGACAAUCGGAAUCGCACCACACAACAAGUACGCCAUUUGGUGAGCAAGCAUGGAGGAGAAUUCUUGCCUACGGAUAAUCUGGCGUACAUGUUUGAACAUGUCGGGUGGAUUGUAGUACAUGGCGUGGAAGAUGAGGAUGCAUUGAUGGAGUGUGCGUUGGAGGCUGGCGCGGAAAACAUUGAAGAAUCUGACGUCGACGAAUCCGACAAUAACUUUGUUGUAACCACAGACGAGAAAGAUUUGUUUCAGGUCGUCACAGCACUGAGAGACGCCAGCCACAACGUCUCACAUUUCGAGCACCGAUAUAUUCUUCAAGAUCAAGAUCAUGGAGGUAUGGAAUUGUCACCACAAGGAGAAGAAGAGCUAAUCGACUUUUUGGAAAAGAUGGAUGAAGAUACAGAAGAUGUCAACAAUGUCUAUCAUAGUGCAAUUUAA